AUGGACAUUUUGAUAAGAGUUUAUAAAAAAGAAUAACAAAAUAAUUAAUCGAUAGUUUCAAAAAGAAUCUAUAAACCUUUUUAGAAAAUUCUUCAAAAUCCAAAACAUCAACAUUUUUAAAUCCAAAAGAAAAGGUGUUCUUUGAUGAGUUUGGAAGGCUCAAAAUUAAUAUUAAUGAUUGAUGAGCAUUCUUAUUUCGAGAAUAUCUAAGAAGUUAACUUAUUCCCUAUUCUGUAUUGUAACAAUUAAUAUCAAUUUCAACUUUAUAAAUCACUUAUGUAAAAAUGGAAAAAAGUAAAAUAACAAUAAGUAAUUUAUUCAAUUUAGAAGUGA